UAACGCCUUUCCUUUUCUCUUUCAUUCCCUUUUUUUCCUCUCUCUUUUUAUUAUUUUUCUUCCCUAAACCAUCUCCGUCUCCGCCGCUUUAUCCUCCCUCCAACCCCUUGUCUGAAAAAAACCCAAAGAAAUCUUGGAGAAAUAUCACUGUUCGUAAAGGAAACUCAAAAGGGUUUUAAUCCAAUGCAGACUUUACGGAUUGUUUUCUCAAUGUGAUUCUUUAAGACCCUACAAUUCUGGGUGCCCGUUCUUUCUUUCAAUUUUACGACGGAGCGAGAGAUUUUCUGUUCUUACUUACCCCUUUGUUUGUUUCUUGGCUUCUUGAAAGAUAUUGAAAAAUGAGGGAACCCCAUUUGGGUUUUGGGGUUUUCCUCUUGGUUUUCCCCUUGUUUCUGCAGUUUCCGGGGUUCUCUGUAUUUGCUCAGACGGCCGGCGGUGGCGGUGAUGGGUCAGUGAUGAAUCUCUUGAAGAAUAGCAUUGCAGCUCCGAGUUCUCUUGGAUGGACUGGUUCAGAUUACUGUCAAUGGAAGCAUGUUAAGUGCGAUUCUCAGAACCGAGUUGUUAAAAUCCAAAUUGGGAAUCAAAACCUCAAGGGAUCACUUCCGACGGAACUCUCCAGCCUCUCGGCGUUAGUGCAAUUAGAAGUACAGAGCAAUCAGCUUGGUGGGCCGUUCCCUAAUCUUGCUGAUUCUCUGCAGAUACUUCUAGCGCAUGAUAAUCUUUUUACUUCCAUGCCGGAUGAUUUCUUCGUGAAGAAGUCGACUCUGCAAACGAUUGUUAUCGACAACAAUCCCUUCUCGGCGUGGCAAAUUCCUGAUAACAUUCGAGACGCAUCUGGGUUACAGGAAUUAUCGGCUAAUCGUGUUAAUAUAACCGGUAAAAUCCCUGAAGUUUUCGAUGGUGCAACGUUUCCGACUCUUAGGAACUUGCAUUUAGCGGGUAAUUUUCUUGAAGGUGGAUUACCAGAAAGCCUUGCAGGUUCUUCGAUUCAGUCGCUUUGGUUGAAUGGACAACAGAGUAGCUCUAAGUUAAACGGUUCAAUCGAUAUAUUGCAAAAUAUGACUAAUCUACAGGAGAUUUGGUUGCAUCUGAACCAGUUUUCAGGUCCUUUGCCGGAUUUCUCUAACCUUCAAGGAUUAGUGCACUUGAGUUUGAGGGAUAAUCAGCUUACGGGUAUUGUUCCUUUGUCCUUGGUAAAUUUGAAAUCCCUCAUGGUUGUGAAUUUGACGAAUAAUAUGCUUCAAGGACCAACUCCUGUUUUUAGUCCUAAUGUUAAGUUGGAUAUGAGACCAGCAUCGAACAAAUUUUGCUUGGAUUCUCCAGGUAAACCAUGUGAUCCCCGCGUGAAUGCUUUGUUAUCGGUUGCACAGUCAAUGGGUUUUCCCACCGUCUUUGCUCAAGGCUGGGAAGGGAACAAUCCUUGUGAGAAUUUCAAAGGUGUUGAAUGUACUGGCAACCCUGGAAACAUAACUAUAAUUAACUUCAAGAAUAUGGGUCUUGCGGGAUCUAUUUCUUCUAGCUUUUCUUUGCUUACAUCUGUACAAAAGUUGUUUCUAUCUAACAAUUUUCUAUCUGGCACAAUACCAAACGAACUUGUGACCAUGCCUAGUCUUAUAGAAUUAGAUGUCUCCAAUAACAGGCUUCACGGAAAAAUCCCAGCCUUCAGGAAAAAUGUGAUUGUGCACACUGCGGGGAACCCGGAUAUCGGGAAAGAUACUGCCAGUGCUCCCAUACCAGGUUCUCCCACUGGGAAAUCGCCCUCCGAUGGAUCAGGUGACAUAUCUGAUAAUGGUGUGAAGAAAAGUAAUACUGGAGUGGUGGUUGGUUCAAUAAUUGGUGUUAUUAUUGGUCUCCUUGUUGUUGGGAUUGUGAUUUUCUUUUUGUACAAGAGAAAGAAGAGACAUGGUAGUAGAGUGCAGAGUCCAAAUACAGUGGUGGUACAUCCUAGUCAUUCUGGGGAUCAAAAUUCGGUGAAGAUUACGAUUACGGAGACUAGAGCCGAUGGGAGUGCACCCGAAACCAGCAGAGUUCCUAUUGCUGGACCUAGCGAUGUACAUGUGGUUGAGGCAGGGAACCUGGUUAUCUCGAUUCAAGUUUUAAGGAAUGUGACAAAUAAUUUUAGCCCCGAAAAUAUAUUGGGGAAAGGGGGUUUUGGAACUGUUUACAAGGGAGAAUUACACGAUGGUACAAACAUUGCUGUGAAGAGAAUGGAGUCUGGAGUCAUAGGUGGGAAGGGUUUGAAUGAAUUCAAGGCUGAGAUUGCAGUUCUUACUAAGGUUCGUCAUAGAAAUUUGGUUGCGCUUCUUGGGUAUUGCUUGGAUGGGAAUGAGAGACUUCUCGUUUACGAAUACAUGCCUCAGGGGACGUUUAGUAGGUUUCUAUUUCACUGGAAGGAAGAAGGGAUUAAACCCCUUGAAUGGAAAAGAAGGUUGAUUGUUGUCUUGGAUGUGGCCAGGGGUGUUGAGUAUUUGCAUAGUUUAGCACAUCAAAGUUUUAUCCAUCGUGAUCUUAAACCAUCAAACAUUCUUCUCGGAGAUGAUAUGCGGGCUAAAGUAGCUGACUUUGGGUUGGUUCGUCUUGCUCCUGAAGGGAAAGCAUCAAUUGAAACAAGACUUGCAGGAACAUUUGGUUAUCUUGCCCCUGAAUAUGCAGUUACUGGACGAGUUACGACCAAGGUCGACGUUUAUAGCUUUGGGGUGAUUCUCAUGGAGAUGAUAUCUGGUAGAAAAGCAAUCGAUGAGAGCCAGCCAGAAGAAAGCUUGCACCUUGUAUCAUGGUUCCGCAGAAUGCACAUUAACAAGGACACUUUCUCAAAGGCCAUAGACCCUUCAAUUGACGUUGAUGAGGAGACCUUUAGCAGCAUCAACACAGUUGCAGAUUUGGCUGGCCAUUGCUGUGCAAGGGAGCCAUACCAGCGGCCCGAUAUGAGUCAUGCAGUCAACGUACUUUCAUCUCUAGUCGAUGUCUGGAAGCCUACAGAACCAGACUCUGAAGAGAAUUUGGGAAUUGAUCUUGAGCUUUCAUUACCACAGGCCCUUAGGAAAUGGCAGGCAUUUGAAGGAAAUAGCAAUAUCGACGCGUCGUCCUCUUCGUCAUCAUUCCUUGCCAGUGGAGACAAUACACAAACCAGCAUACCGAACCGGCCAUCUGGUUUUGCAGAUUCAUUUACCUCUGUCGAUGCACGGUGAGCGAUAGAGGAACUCGAGUUUCUGAUUGCUCUUUAGGUGUUCUAUGAUGUUUAUUCUUUAGCCCCUCUAAUCUUUGCUGCUUCUUUUACUUUAAUCCUCAAAGUUAAACCUUGUGUAAGGCCUGUGAUAUUUUCUCUCCCUGUGUUUUUGGAUACUUCUGUCAUCCAUCUAUAAAGUUUUGGAUACUUCUGUCAUCCAUCUAUAAAGUUUUAGAGAAAGAAGUUCCUUAGUCUUUAUUAACACAA